AUAUGCAACAUGUGGGACGUCAACAAUUGGCUACUGCAAUUUUAGGUUUUAGAUUUCUCUCAGAUCUAAAAGAAUGGCUGCAUUUAAAAAAACACAACGGUUGAAUAAUUCGUCAACGUAUAGUCUCUACUAAUCGCAUCGCUCAGUGAGCGCUUUGUUCUCUGCAUGCAGCCAAUAGGCGAUUUUUGCGAUACUGUCUCUCAGAUACCGUAAAGGUAUUACUUGUCACGUAGUAGGGAGCGCCUGCGCUGUAACAGUUUGCAUCGCCUAUCAAUGGCGAGGCAGAUUUAAAUUUUCGUCGUUUGUCACGUACGAACUUUCUCUGACCCAAUAUCCUGGAAUGAAUCUCCAAAACGAUGGACCUCAGGACCUUUCGAUCCCUUUUCGAGUGCCCUACGAGAAUUUCUCCAAGAAAAUCGUAUGUAAUUAUGUGUUAAUAAUAAUAAGGUACGUAUAUAUUUAUUAACUAGUUAAUUUUCAUCAAAAUCUGGUUCUGGAAUGAUGAUUAUGACCGUUAUUUAUGACUCGCGAGUUUGCCAUAUUAUAAUUCUCGAAUUUUUGCAAAAAGUUCUUGCUGUUAAUCGUCUGGUUUCUUCUUAAGAAAUAGAAUGAAGCGCAAAGAUAGGUGGACACAAUGAGCAAGGGAAUAUAGUGUAUUGGAAUAUCGGGGAUUCAGCUUUAUUAAGGUUAUUUCAUCGGUGGCCCUUAAUUUGUUUAUACUUUUUUCUUACAGAAUGAUUGCAUUAAAGAAAGGUACAGUAUGGCCAAGAGCGCAUGCCGAUAAAGCAUGUCCUGAUAACGUGUGUCAACUUUUCAUGCUGACUGUCAUUGCUGAAACAACAAGAACUUUGAACGUAGCUUUAAAAUCAUAGUUCGUGAUGCGUCAGAAAAGAAGCGUUCCCACCGAUUGAAUAUAUAUCGAGGCAGUUGUGCAAGGUACAACAAAUUUAUGCUCCAUACCACAGCGAGCACGCGCGUGUCGUCAUUGCGAUAAAGGCGCGCGUAGAAUCGAACGAGAGCUAUCUACCGGUUGUUAGAAGAAAAGAAAGGAAAAUGUGAACAACGAAUUGGCAUACGUGAACUGAGCGAGGAACGUGCAAAUACUACGUUCGAAACGUUCAGCAAUCACGAGUCCGCAGACACUGCUGGAGGAACGUGAACUUCAACGUUGCACGAAUAUGGGAUACACAACGACGACUUGUGCCGAAAAGUUGCUGUAUUUGCUUUUCGAAGAUAUUUCGUACAGCGUUCGGAAAAGUAUUCUAACAAAAGAUAUAAGAAAAUUACUGUGCAAUCUUAAUGGUGAUUUUCGACCAGGCGAACUCACAGCAAUUAUGGGUCUUUCAGGUGCUGGAAAAUCUACAUUAAUGGACAUCCUAACAGGUUUCACAACAACUUCAGUUACUGGUAGAAUCAAGGUAAAUGGACAGGAAAGAAAUAUGUCUGAAUUUCGGAAAUUAUCAGCCUAUAUAAUGCAGGAUGACUAUCUGCAACCACUUUUAACGGUGCAGGAAGCAAUGUUCGUUGCCGUGGAUCUGAAACUAACAUUAGACCAUGGUCAGAAAUUACAGAAGAUCGAUGAAAUAUUAACAGCAAUGAGUCUUGAUGCGUCUCGUUAUACGCGUACCGGCGAACUUAGCGGAGGUCAAAGGAAAAGACUUGCUAUUGCACUUGAACUGAUCAAUAAUCCACCCAUCAUGUUCUUUGAUGAACCAACAAGUGGUCUAGAUAGUGUUACCUCAAAGCAAUGCAUAGCACUUUUAAAGCAAUUAGCAAAAGAAGGACGAACUAUAAUCUGCACGAUUCAUCAGCCGAGCGCGACACUCUUAAACAUGAUAGAUCAUCUUUACGUAGUUGCUGAUGGAAACUGUGUUUACACGGGCAGCACGCAAAAUUUAGUAUCAUAUUUAAGUACUAUAGGCUUAUAUUGUCCAAAGCAUUACAAUCCAGCUGAUUAUUUGAUGGAAAUAUGCAAUGGAGAUUAUGGUGCUUAUAUACCUAAACUAAUGGAGUCGAUCCAGAAUGGUAAAUGCAACAAAUGGAGAUUGGAUACAACUUUCUAUUUGAACAAAGAGAUUAUUACUUCGCAACAGCUUCCUCCUAUGAGAUUAUAUUCCUUCGAAACGGAAUUCAAGCAUAUCCCACAUUAUGCUGCUAGUUCCUGGAAACAACUUUGUGUUCUUGUUAAAAGAAAUACAAUUAGGCUAUUGCGCGAUAAGUUCUUAACAGUUUCAAGGAUCUCAAUGCACUUCACUGUUGCUCUACUUGUCGGUAUAAUAUAUUUCAAAGUUGGUCAAGAUGCAGCUUACGUUUUAGACAACUUUAAUCUAUUAUUCUUCAGUUUGAUGUUUCUCAUGUAUAGCGCGUUUAGUGCUACAAUGAUUACGUUUCCUUCUGAGUUGCCGAUACUUAUGCGUGAACAUUUUAAUCGUUGGUAUAAACUACGAUGGUAUUAUCUAGCGAAUAAAUUGGCUGAUUUUCCGGUUCAACUUAUUGCCACGUUUAUUUAUGCUCUUGUAGUAUAUUAUAUGAGUGAUCAACUUCCUGAAGCCAAAAGACUCUGUUUAUUCAUGCUCAUGUGUUUUGUUACUAGUUUGGUUGCUCAGGCAGCUGGACUUGUCUUAGGAUCUGGACUAAAAGUUCAAAAUAGUGUGAUUUUUGGACCAUUUGUGAUUUUGCCAUUUAUGAUAUUCAGUGGAUUUUUCGUUCAUCUAAACGAUGCGCAUCCUUACUUACAGUGGUUAUUUCACACAUCAUUUCUUAAAUAUGGAUUUGAAGGAGUUAUGAUUGCAAUUUAUGGCUAUAACAGGGCGAAGUUAAAAUGCUCUGCGGAUUACUGUCAUUUUGCUAUUCCCGAAAAGCUUCUUACGGAAGUAGAUAUGAAGCAUGCAGACUAUUGGUUUAAUAUGUCAGUGUUGAUAAUGCUGUAUAUUGCUUUAGAUAUUGCUGCCUAUAUUACAUUGAAAAUAAGAGUUAAGAAACGCAUUUAACAGGAUGACAUAAUAUUUCAGGAUAAAAUUUUGUAUCAGUUUUACAAUGUACAUACAAUGUCUCAUGAUAUAAUAUCUCAUAAGAUCUCAAGCGAUUCAUUUAUUAAGACUGAUUUAUUUUUAACAACAUAUAUGAUAAAUUAUAUAGUGGGUAAAAGGAUUUACAU